AUGGUGGCCUCACACGCAAAACACGCGACUACCCAGUCGACCCUGACCUACGCCGAGCGCGCAAAACUCAAGGCGUCUUCUGGCUCUCGCCGUAUAGGCGGCGAGUCCUUCAAACCAUACGACCACUGCCAUCUCUGCCUCUCGCUGCUCGUCUCGCCGGUCUCGUGCUCCCGCGGCCAUAUGUACUGCCGAGAAUGCGCCGUAGCGGACCUCAUCCAGCAAAAGGUCGGUAUCGAAUCUCAAAAGCGCGAGAUGGAGCGGUGGCUGGCCAAGGAAGAGGGAGAGCGGGCCGCUGCGAGACAAGCAGCGCGCGAGAGGGUAGUGAGGGAUUUUGAGAAGGGGAUGGGGGUCGGAUGGGUCGGUGCAGGCGGAGGAGGGUCAGCGGGGAAGGCGGUGGCUGGCGCGCCGGCGGAGACGGGGAGGAAGAAGGGCGUCGAGGAGUUAAUGAAGGAGGCGGAGGAUAGGGCGAUGGCGAAAAUUGAGGCGGAGCAGGUGGAGCAGAGGAAAGCCAAGUUGCCGGCCUUCUGGCUGCCUUCGCUCGCCCCGGAGGGGAGGGUCGGUCCCAUCAAGGACGUCAAGGUCCAGGCGCUGUGUCACUUUGGUGGAGAGCCACAUCCUAUAUCUCGCAAAACCCUCCUCCCCGUCAUCCUUCACUACCCCACCGCCUCGAAAACAGCCCACUGCCCAUCCUGCUCGCGUGAACUCAACAACACCGUCCCCUCUGUUCUUCUCACCUCCCGCCAGCCAGCAUCUACCACCGCAGAAACCGAAGACCGGCCAAAGAAGAAGAAGAAGGCAGACAAGGAGGAACCACUCGUCUGCGGCCAUGUCUUCUGCAAGAGCUGUGCGGAUAGCAUGAUUCGUCCGGCUGGACGGUGUAGUGUUUGCGAGGCCAAGAUAGAGCCUGAAGGCAUCAUACCUAUCGGCAAGGAAGGGACUGGCUUCGCGGCCGCAGGUGGCUCGGAGGUGAAGAGCAGCAGUAUAGUCUUUAGGGUAUAA